CCUUUCUUCCCCUUGCUUGUCAAAAAAAAAUGUUUAUGAAGCAAAUUACUGAGAUCAAGGUAGCUUUGUCUCCCUUUAAUGCCGCUUCAAAAUCUUCUAGAUUGUUCUUAAACCACAUCAACACUGAUGCAGCACGUAAAGUCAACCCUACGAUCAAAAUAGUAACCGAUGUCUUGAAUGAUCCAACCGCACCCUCUCAUAUUCAAGUUGCUUAUAAAGACGGACAAAAGUUGUCAUUAGAUGCAGAUAAGAUGAAGAUUAGCAAUAUUGUUCAAACUGUGAACAAGCACGCAAAGAAAUUAGAAGAAAUUGAAGAAGCCAAGAAUUGGUAGUUUUAGCAAACGUUUAAUUAAAUUGUAAAUACUAUGUUGCUUUUUGCCCUUAUUUCAAAGUAGUGCCUUGCAUACAUAAACAGCAAAUGGGAUGGAAGGGGAGAGAGAGACUUUUGGGUUUAUAAAAUUAUGUACCUUUAUCUCAGGUUUAAUUGAAAUGAGGAUGAAAUGAACAGGAUGUUAUGUUUCGACGAUACUGUUAUGCUUACAUCAUAUUCUUUGAAACUGAACUCAGUUGAACAGUACUCUUCUAUAGAUGCUUGUUAUAUUAGCGCUAAAUAGAUGAAAGCUAGAGUUUUGUUUCUCAUAAAGUCGACACA